AUGUCUCUUGUCAAUGAGCAUGCGAGGUAUGCCAAAAUGACACCCGAUGAACUGGUGCCCCUGCUCUGUUCAAGGAUGCAGAGCGAGAAGGCUGCAGCCGCCGCGACGACCAAUAAAACAGAGUCAAUCAGAGUGGUUACGCUCGUGAAAUCGUCGCUUCUCAACAAGAGGCACCAAAGAAAUGCCAAGUGGGUCGUAAAAAGCGCCACCGGCAAUGCCUGUGACACACACAAGUCAACAAGGGGUAAUCAAAGUGGAUUUUCUCAAAUGGUCAGCUUCCUCUCUGACCUCCGGCGAGAACGGAUGCGUUGUAGUAAAAAUGAGAGCAAGAUCAAUGACAGCAUGAUUGAUGCCGGUGGGCCAUUCGACGACCAGGACCACGGGGAAGCCAUGUUGAGAGGUUUCGGGCUUAGCAGCUUGCUUUGA